CAGAGCGUGAGCGACAGCCCCGAGAAGCCGCUCGCCGCCUCCGCGCCUCCGCGCCUCCGCCGGACCCCGGGAGGGCACGCCAGCGCCUCGGCCUCCCCGCGCCCCCGAGCAUCCCAGCCCGCCGUCCCCGCCCCGCCGCGCUCGCCCCGGCUCCUUCCCACAGAGCCACCAUGAGCUCCAGCACCGCCAGGGCGCUCGCUGUCGCCGUCACCAUUCUCCACUUGGCCAGGCUGGCUCUCUCCACCUGCCCCGCCGCCUGCCACUGCCCCCUGGAGGCGCCCAAGUGCGCCCCGGGAGUCGGCCUGGUCCGGGACGGCUGCGGCUGCUGUAAGAUCUGCGCCAAGCAGCUCAACGAGGACUGCAGCAGGACGCAGCCCUGCGACCACACCAAGGGGCUGGAAUGCAAUUUCGGCGCCAGCUCCACGGCUCUGAAAGGGAUCUGCCGGGCCCAGUCAGAAGGCAGACCCUGUGAGUACAACUCCAGGAUCUACCAGAACGGCGAGAGCUUCCAGCCCAACUGUAAACACCAGUGCACAUGUAUCGAUGGCGCCGUGGGCUGCAUCCCUCUGUGUCCCCAAGAGCUGUCCCUCCCCAAUCUGGGCUGCCCCAACCCCCGGCUGGUGAAGGUCAACGGGCAGUGCUGCGAGGAGUGGGUCUGCGACGAGGACAGCGUGAAGGACUCUCUGGACGACCAGGACGACCUCCUGGGGUUCGAUGCCUCCGAGGUGGAGCUGACGAGGAACAACGAGCUGAUCGCGGUUGGGAAGGGCAGCUCGCUGAAGAGGCUCCCGGUCUUCGGCGCGGAACCUCGAAUCCUUUACAACCCCUUGCACGGCCACAAGUGCAUCGUUCAGACCACGCCGUGGUCCCAGUGCUCCCGGAGCUGCGGGACUGGCAUCUCCACGCGUGUUACCAAUGACAACCCGGAGUGCCGCCUGGUGAAGGAGACCCGGAUCUGUGAAGUGCGGCCUUGUGGACAGCCGGGGUACAGCAGCUUGAAGAAGGGCAAGAAGUGCAGCAAGACCAAGAAAUCCCCGGAAGCGGUCAGGUUUACCUACGCAGGAUGCUCCAGCGUGAAGAAGUACCGGCCCAAAUACUGCGGGUCCUGCGUGGACGGCCGCUGCUGCACGCCCCUGCAGACCCGGACCGUGAAGAUGCGGUUCCAGUGCGAAGACGGGGAGAUGUUUUCCAAGAACGUCAUGAUGAUUCAGUCCUGCAAAUGCAACUACAACUGCCCGCACCCCAACGAGGCAUCUUUUCGCCUCUACAGCCUGUUCAAUGACAUCCACAAGUUCAGGGACUAACCGCCUCCCGGGUGCCCGGCGUGGGGUGGACAGAGACGCGCGAGCAUCGCGGGUGGGGUGGUGGGGUGAAGGGACUCAUUGUAGGAGGGAUGCCUUGCUCAUUAUUGAGUAGCAUUAAGGUAUUUCGAAACUGCCAAGGGGGGCUGUGUGGACGGCCGCAGCCGCAGUUGGAGAAUACUUCGCUUCAUAGUACUGGAGCUCGUGUUAUGCUUCAUUUUGGAGCGUGCUGUGUGGGUGACGUUCUGUUUUCUGUUUGUAAAUUAUUUGCUAAGCGUAUUUUUUUCUCUCUCUAGAUCUAUUUUCCCCCCUCUCUUGGGUCUACAGCCGUAACAGAGAUAAUAUGAUUUGCCUGGGGAAGGGCCUGUUUGUCCUUUGACAGUAACUGAAGGGGCCUCCCGUUCCUUUCUGAGGGGGGCGGACACUCUGUGAGCUCUGUGAGAGGCAGCUGCCUGCACUCUGAACUGCAAACAGAAACCAGGUGUUUUGAGACUGAAUGUUUUUAUUUAUCAAAGUGUAGCUUUCGGGGAGGGAGGGGAAAUGUAAUACUGGAAUAAUUUGUAAAUGAUUUUAAUUUUAUAUCAGUGAAGAGAAUUUAUUUAUGAAAUUAAUCAUUUAAUAAAGAAAUAUUUACCUAA